GCACGUCUCUUUCCUCCUUCCUGCUCCCCCAUCCCGCUCUUCGUCGCUGUCUCCAGUCAUGCCUGCCAACGGUUCUGUCCACACCGCCCUCACGCCCGGCCACUUCCUCUUCACCUCCGAGUCCGUUGGUGAAGGGCACCCUGACAAGAUUUGCGACCAGGUCUCCGAUGCUAUCCUUGACGCCUGCCUUGCCGUGGACCCCUUCUCCAAGGUCGCCUGUGAGACCGCGUCGAAGACGGGUAUGAUCAUGGUCUUCGGUGAGAUCACCACCAAGGCUGUGAUCGACUACCAAAAGGUCAUCCGUGACACGAUUAAGAAAAUCGGCUACGACGACUCGUCCAAGGGUUUCGAUUACAAGACCUGCAACAUCCUGGUUGCCAUUGAGCAGCAGUCGCCCGAUAUUGCCCAGGGCCUUGACCACGGCUCGCUCGAGAAUAUCGGUGCCGGUGACCAGGGUAUCAUGUUCGGCUACGCGACGGACGAGACCCCCGAGUACAUGCCCCUCACCAUCGUCCUCGCGCACAAACUUAACGCCGCGUUGGCUGCUGCCCGCCGCUCCGGCGAGCUCGGCUGGCUCCGCCCUGACUCAAAGACGCAGGUGACGGUCGAGUACAAGAAGGAUGGCGGGGCCACGAUCCCCCUCCGUGUUGACACAGUUGUUGUCUCCACCCAGCACGCGGAGGAGAUCAGCACCGAGGAGCUUCGCAAGGAGAUCCUCGAGAAGAUCAUCAAGAAGACCAUCCCCGCGUCCCUCCUUGAUGAUCGCACCAUCUACCACAUCCAACCUUCGGGCCGCUUCGUCAUCGGUGGUCCCCAGGGCGAUGCUGGUCUUACUGGCCGCAAGAUCAUUGUCGACACUUACGGUGGUUGGGGAGCACACGGUGGAGGUGCGUUCUCCGGCAAGGACUGGUCCAAGGUCGACCGUUCUGCUGCCUACACCGCCCGCUGGAUCGCCAAGUCGCUCGUUGCAGCUGGCCUUGCGCGCCGUGCCCUUGUCCAGCUCUCGUACGCCAUCGGCGUCGCCGAGCCCCUCUCGGUCUACGUCGACACCUACGGCACAGGCAAGAAGUCGGACGAGGAGCUCGUCGAGGUCAUCCGCAGGAACUUCGACCUCCGCCCUGGUCUCAUCGUCCAGACCCUUGGUCUCCAGAAGCCCCAGUACCUCAAGACUGCGUCGUACGGCCAUUUCGGCAACCCCGAGUACUCCUGGGAGCAGCCCAAGAAGCUCGAGCUCUGAGCUCUAAGCUCUGAGCUGUUGUCCGCAUCUCCUUGUGCCAUCGCGUCGGCGUCGAUCCUUGGGUUUCUUGUCGUCACUGUCGUCGUUGCUGUAUUGAUAGACCAUCGCCACACAUCGCAUCGGAAGUUCAUCCUUCCGCUAUUUAUCCCCGCACUACGCUGUUUACAACUAUACCACACAUGGACCUGCGCACGCCCUCUUCACUCCGUCCCGAAACUCCCUCACCGGCUGCCCCACCGGUCACACGCAUCCAACUGCUUCGUCGCAUACUCACCGUCCAACCGUCCGCGACCACUUACGAUCAUACGAUCUCAUGACCCCUGCUAUCUACGCACACAUACCUCGCUAUCCCGCACUAGUCACGUUCGGCCCUGCGCAGGCCUGCCACACGCAUACAUCGUUGCCGUACAUUAGUAUUGAGUUACCACUUGUAGUACUGGAUAGAAAACAAAAUACGACCCGCGUUCAACCGCGGGCAAUCCCCUGCGUGCAUUUGCACUGCGGAGGGUACC